AUGGGCUCCGGGCACCGGGCGCUGUCCGCGGGGCUGACCCUGCUGCUGGUGCUCACGGUGCCAGGGCAGCCCGUGUGGGCGCAGAACGACACGGAGCCCAUCGUCCUGGAGGGCAAGUGCCUGGUGGUGUGCGACUCGAACCCGGCCACGGACUCCAAGGGCUCUUCGUCCUCGCCGCUGGGCAUCUCGGUCAGGGCGGCCAACUCCAAGGUGGCCUUCUCGGCCGUGCGGAGCACCAACCACGAGCCGUCGGAGAUGAGCAACAAGACCAGAAUCAUUUACUUCGAUCAGAUCCUAGUGAAUGUGGGUAAUUUUUUCACACUGGAGUCAGUCUUUGUAGCACCAAGGAAAGGAAUAUACAGCUUCAGUUUCCACGUAAUUAAAGUCUACCAGAGCCAAACCAUCCAGGUGAACCUGAUGCUGAAUGGUAAGCCAGUAAUAUCCGCCUUCGCUGGGGACAAGGAUGUAACUCGUGAAGCGGCCACGAACGGAGUCCUACUCUACCUGGAUAAGGAGGACAAGGUUUACCUGAAACUGGAGAAAGGGAAUUUGGUUGGAGGCUGGCAGUAUUCCACCUUUUCUGGCUUCCUGGUGUUUCCCCUAUAGGACUUGGUUUCUCCGUUGUCCUGACGCAGGUGAGGAGCAGCCCACCCUGAGCUACCUGAAGACCAUGGUUUUUUAUUUUGUUUUCCCAUCGCCAGACGACUUUCCCCGCCCUUGCCCCCCACCCUCCACCCACUUGGUUUCUCAUGGGUGAACGUGGAUGCUCAUUACAGAUUCCAGGCCUGUCUUAACCUGUCCCGAGCUUCACAAAUGAUUUGUGUGUGCGUGUCCGUGUCCUUGGGUUUGGACUCCCGGCAGACCUUGCCUUGAUCUAUGCUUAUGUUAACCCAUAACAAGCUGUCUGCGAGGUGUAUUUUCAACUUUCGUCUCCUGGAAUCACCGAAUUUGUGGCUGGGGCGGAGUUUACCUUCCUUCAUUCUCAAAGACUUGGCAGCCACCUCUAAGCAUUAGCGAGCCCUUUGAGCUCCAGCUUCAGUCAAUGGUCAGUGUGUUAUUGCCAAAGAACUGUAUACUGUGUUGGUCGAUUGGCUCCACUUGUUUCUGCUCCCUCGGAAUUGGUUGGUUUGGUUUUCUUGAGGUAUCUGGGAAUUGUUCUUCCCUGCUGGGUCUUCUGUCUUCUCUGUGUCGGGGUAAUGAAUGGCUUGCUCGCGAAUUCCCUUUGAAAUCACCAACAUGACUUCCCUUAAAGAGAAAAAGGAAAAAAAAAAAGAAUGCUUCAUAGUUGUAUUUUAAUUAUAUAUGUGAAAGAGUCAUAUUUUCCAAAUUAUAUUUUCUAAUAGGAAGAAUAGAUCAUAAUUCUGACAAGGAGAAAGUUGCUUACCCAAGUUCUAAGUGCUCCGUCCCCAAACCUUGGCAAAAAAUCUCUCCUCCGUGGGAAAUCUAUGACUUUAUUGCUCAACUUUAAUUAACAUGAUUGAUAAUAACCACUUUAUUAAAAACCUAAGGGAUUCCCCCCCCCUCAGACGUGGCCACUUUAUUAACUGGAGAUGGGAUGCCCUUGUUUUUAAUUAUACCUAUUUUUCAAACCUUCCGUCUGUUGUGUUUGAAGUAUCAUCUGGUUUUGCCUUAACUCCUCAAAUUGUAUAUAUUUAUUUGGCUAGCUAAUAGUCAAUCCAAAUAUCCCAUGUUGAAACUUAGUGCAAUAUAUUAUUUUGUCUUUUGUACUAGUCAUAUGAAUUCAUAAAAAUUAUUUAUGUCUGUUAUAUAAUAAAGGUUAAUAUAUGUUAGUUGAA